GUGCAAAACACGUGACAUAUCUGUCAAUGAUUGACGCCUACUGUGAGGGCCCCUCCACUUCAUCCACACCUCCCGUCCCCUUCAGUUGAGAUCAGUUUGCGAUGUCUUUGCGAUACUUUUGGAUUAUUUCACUGAACUUGCGGUCAGUUUUAUAUUUCCGUCGGUUUGCAAACGUCCACAAAAGGGCCCAAAGAAUGGGUUUACAGGACAUUGACAUCACGAGUGAUAAUCAGUUAAUUGAUUCGGUGUUGACCUCUUUGGGCAUCAAUAGUGGCAGUAGUGAUGACUCGGAGUCCCAGUGCUUCCAAUCAAAUCAAUUACCGGUGAUCGCAAUGGACUACAAGAGCAGCCAUUUGUGGCCAAUCCUUGUAGUGGAGCACAAGGGGAUCCUCUUCUGCGGCUAUCCGUUGUGUGCAAUGAAUGGUCACAAAGAGACCACAAUUGACUUAAUCGAUGAAAAGUGCAUUUCUUUGUGUUUCACUUCUUUGCAGACAAUCUCUCGUUAUUUCACUUCCGAUAAAGACCUCUCGUGGAUUGAAUGGUUGAUGACAACGAUGUCACCCUUUGGUACUCUUAUUAACCAAAACUAUGAAACACUGAAUAAACUGAAUGCCAAGAAAAUGACGAAAACAGAGUCUAAACCACAAAACGAUUGCUUGAAAAUAGGUGUCAAUGAAUUGAUUUCUAGAAACAGAGAUAAAGAGCUGAACCCGUUGCAUGCAAUCCAUUAUAAGUGCUGUUCGGAUGCCGCGAAGACAUUCCUCUCAUAUGCCUAUCAAAUGGUUGACAUCAGAAAUGACAGCAAUAUAUGCAGAAUUCAGUUGACACUCAAUUUGAGAAAUUGCACUCAAUUUAAGUUCACUUAUUUCAACGUCAACUUCAAGCAUAUGUCAACAAAUAGUAGUCUGAAUCCAAUCAACUCUAACCUAACUUUCGGUCAAUUAAGGUGUGAAACGAAUGGUCUCUUUUGGGUCAUUGGAACUAAGUUUCCCAAAUCUGGACAAAUAAAACUGAGUUUUGAAAUAAACACUUUGAAUAAAAAGUUGUCUGACAUUGAGACCAUUUGUAACUUCAAAGUCGAAAACUUUCAGACGAGCCUAUUAUACGCCAAUUCACAGCACUUGAGUGUCGAUGACUUAACGUUCAACACUAAACUACCCGUUAUUAUUGACUCCACUUUAACGUCAAUCGAUUACAAACUGUUUCCCGAAAUUAAUUAA